UGUGGAGUUUUUGCCUCAAAAUUUCUAUUCAAAUAGAGAUAGCUUCUCACACCCUAAGUAAAAGAGUAGAGAUCAUAACUUCUCACAUCCUAAGUAGAAGAGGUUAGUCUCACUCUCAUUCCAUCUGUGAAAUUAAUUGUUACACACUGCAAACAAUAUGUCACGUGUUCUAUUCCAAAUUUGGAGAUGUAUGAUGCAGCCAAAGGUGUGGAGAUUUGUGGGAUUUGCUGCUGUUGUUGCUGGACUGCUCUGCAAUGCUCUAAGUUCUUCCUUCAACUAUCUCUUUGGAGGAUGGACCAUGUUGGUGAUAGCUCUUUACACUGUUUUCAGUUUCGCCCUUUGCGUGUUAGUUUUAUUUCCAAGGAUAUGGCAACACUCAAGAAGUCAUUUGUUCAUAGCUAAUACAACAUUUGUUGUAUUGGCAAUGACAUCACUGUAUUCGUAUUUCUUCGAUAAAUUAAUGCAUAAUACACCAGAUGCAUAUAGUCUCAUUUCAUGUGCAUCCUUUGCUGUCUCAGCGCUUAGUUUGUCAAGGAACAAAACUCAAUGCGGAUUUGAAAUCGAUCUUCUUUAUUUCCUUCUUGGAUGUCUAAUGAUGCAGCUCAUGAAGAUUACAUUGAAAUUAUUCAUUUUUGGAGCAGUUUUCAGCUAUUUUCUUAUUAUUAUCCGUUCAUCCUUUUCUUCAAUAGAUGCUAGUGAAAAGAAAUACUGCUCUGAAUUCCAAGAUGGAAAUUCAGUGGUUCUUAAUAUGGAGUCUCUACAACUGGCUAGUACUAAUAUUGAUAGUAGGAUGGAAAAACUCGAGACUCGUGUGAAGGCGCUUGAGCACGGAAAUUCAAAGUCCAUUCAAAUGGUUUUGGAGCCGGUAAGAAAACUUAAACACUCACAAUCGGUGAUAGAGGAUCCCAACUUCAUGUCUGAUGCGUUGAAGAAAGAAACCAUCAAAGACCUAGAGGAAACAACAAAUGUUAUGGCGAGGGCCGGGUUUGAGAACAAUUUUUCGAUGUGUACAACAAUAUAGUCAUAAGGAAAACUUAAAAGAGUGCAUAUAUGAUAUUCGAGUUAUCGAAGCCCAACAUCGAGGAUGUUGACAAUAUGCCAUGGAAGGAUCUUGAUGACGAGAGUGAAAAAUGGAUAAGAUAAGAGCUUCCAAUGAUUCUCAACCACUGCUGAUUUCUGUCAUGGAGAUUUACAGGGGAUCCACCAUCCAGCAUUUGAAUAUUUAGGACUAGGAUUGUUACAUGUGAUACAUAUCUAUCAUUAUUAUUAGUUGAAAGACGAGCACCCACGUGCCCGUCUUCUCGCUAUUUUUAUUGCGCAAAGUUUAUAAAUUAUAAACCGUGUUUUUAUGAAA